AUGAAUAUUAUAAGGUUAUUAAAUGUUUCUCCAAAGGCACUUGCAAGUCCUAUUCCAAAACUUGUGCAAAGGCUAUAUGAUAAUUAUGAAUUAGAUACACGUAAAGAAGAAGAUGUGACCAAAGAAGAGAACACGGAAGAAGAUGCCUUAAUUGAUGCAAUUUUAGCCACUGAUGUAAUGGCUAGUACUAUGGAUUUUUUAUCAAAUAAGGGUUUCUUCAAUAAAGAUUUUGAAGAAUUCAAGAAAACUCUGAAGAAUAUCUGGUUUAGUGUUUUUUCUAGAGAAAAAGGAAAAUAUGGAAGUUCAGGAUUUGAACAUAUAUUCUUAGCGGAAAAGAAACGUGGUCGAAGCAUAGGAUUGCAUAAUUGGAUUUUUUUCCACACAGAAGAGUUAGCAAAGAAGUUAAAUUAUUUUGGAUAUUUACGUAACUUGGACAUUAAUGGCAAGGCUGCUGUAGCUAUGCUUCGCUUUACAUAUAAUGGAAAGAUCAAGAGUUCAUCCAUGUUUAUUGGAACUUCCCCAGAAUUGGAAAUGGCCUUGUAUACUCUUUGCUUUUUUGCAAGACCAAACCGGUAUUGCAGACUUUCAUUGAAUGAAAAAAAAUUAGGAAUUCAAACAUAUGUAUGGAAUGAUAGAAACAAAGAAUUGAUUGCAGCUGCGUUUCCUAUGAUAUGA